AGUGCUGUGAUUGGUCAAUGCAAAAGUUUCGAUUCAUGAACGAGACGUUGAAGCAAGAAAGUGGAAGAAAGCUUCUAAGAAAUAAUGGAAACAGUUAAAUGUAGCGUACACGGUACUGUAUGCAUGCUAAAAACCGGCGUGAGAGACGGUCCAAAUAAAGGCAGGAGCUUCUAUAUUUGCAUCGACAAGCAGGGCUGUGACUUCACUCAACAGGCCAGCGUCUCACCUUCCCACUGUCUGCAUCAUGAAGAUUCAAUGGUUGAGCUCCAGGCGCUCAGCUACAGUCAACAACAGCAGAGCCACCGACUUUACUACAGAUGUGCUGUAGGAAAAAGAACAGGACAGCGUUGGUGUGGAAACGUGCCCUGGACUGCUCCAGAAAAAGCAAAGAGAACUCCUCUGACUGACUCCCAGCUGCAGCCCUCCUGCAUGCCACCUGUCAGAAAUCCAUUUAAGGCUCCCGACAAGACAGACAAAACGACAGACUGGAGAAAAAUUCAGAGUGGAGGGAGUGAAGAGAAAGGAGGGGAGAAGAAAAUCAGCAAAGCAGGUUACCAUGCCGAAGGAAAGCAAAGUUCCCAGAAGGAAAACGAGAAGGCUUUAGGUGCAGGAGCGGAAGAGGAAAGAAAGGUCAGCGCAUCUGAAACGUAUCGAGGUAAGCUGCUCCCACCGGGUAUGAAGUUAAAGACGAGGAUUUCAAGCGAGGAGAGCAGCAGCUCCAAAGCUGACCGUGAUGAUAAAGCAGCAGUUCGGAUACAAGACAAAGCUGAGGUGGAAGAGGCAGAAAAAACAAUUUCUGCACCAGACGUUGCUGUCGAUCCAAACCAUUUACAGGGAGUCGGUCAAACUUGCCCUGAUCGGCAAAAAAGCCUACCACAGGACGCGAGCGACGGUCAGACCGAACCCAUAGCAGAGAAGAGCACAUCCGGCAGAAGCAGCCAGUCUUCCAGAAAAGAAGAUGGGGGCGUUUCAGCACGUGUUCAGUCCGAUAGAGUAGCAACCCACUCAGAUGGGGAGGAUGAAGAUGUGGUGUUGGUUUCAGUGAAACCGGCAACUCAGAAAACUCCUCCGGCUUCCGCUGUCCAAAAGACGAUCACCAGCUUCCCUGGGUUCCAGUCGGCCGCCAGGGUGGGAGAUCAGAAAGGGAUGCACUGCCUGCUGAGUGCGCAGCUCCAACAGAAGAAGGCCACCCUGUCGUCGGUGAACGUGGCGGCUCUGCCAGAUAAAGGAGAGAGGUUGAGGGUACAGGUGAAAGAGCUGGAGGAUGCUCUGGAGUCCCUGAGCCUUGCUGCUGCCUCUCAGCCUGAGUCUGUGGACGAGUCUCAGAGCGAUGGUUCUGCUGCUGCUAGGCCCGUUGUCAAUCCAUUCAGCAGCAGGCAGGGCGGGACCAUCCUGCUCCCCUCCCCCCCAGUACCAGUACCAGGCCCGGUCCAGGACCAAGCCUCCGGCAGCUCUCUGGGACUUCAGCUGAGCCAGGGGAACACCCACAUGUUUGCAGCCGAUCUGCUGAUGCACUCUUACUACGGCGGCCGGAUGACAAAUGAUCGUCUGCUGGCGGUGAAGAACGCCACCUGCGAGGCCAUCGACCAUCUCCACAAAUCCCUGGAGUCCUGUCCAGAUCCCGAGGAGGAGGCUUCAGACCCGGGGGGCAUCAAGGUGUCACUCUUGCCCCAUCAGAGGAGAGCUUUGGCCUGGCUGCUCUGGAGGGAGACUCAGAAUCCAUGUGGAGGAAUUCUGGCGGACGACAUGGGCCUGGGGAAGACCCUGACCAUGAUCGCCCUCAUGCUGACAAAGAAGGCGGAGGCAGAAAAAGAAGGCGAAAAGAAGAAAGAGAAGAAGCUGGACUCCUGGGUGUCUAAAUCUGACCCCAGCACUGUUGACUCCAAAGGCACGCUGGUGGUUUGUCCCGCCUCCCUCAUUCACCACUGGAAGAAGGAGAUAGAGAGGCACGUGAGGAGAGGCAAGAUGUCGGUGUACCUGUACCACGGGGCCAACCGCGAGAAAAGUGCCAGAGCAUUGGCAGACUACGACGUGGUCGUGACCACAUACAGUUUGGUCUCUAAGGAGGUUCCAGUCCAAAAGGAGGAUGCAGAAAACCCCAGCAAAGAGCCUGACCCUGUGUCCUGUCGUUCAGCGCCUCUACUGCGAGUCUCCUGGGCCCGAAUCGUUCUGGACGAAGCCCACAACAUCAAAAACCCCAAAGUGCAGACCUCCAUGGCCGUCUGUCAGCUGAGAGCCCGCACCCGCUGGGCCGUGACCGGCACCCCCAUCCAGAACAACCUGCUGGACAUGUACUCGCUGCUGAAGUUCCUGCGUUGCUCCCCGUUCGACGAGUACAAGCUCUGGAAAGCUCAGGUGGACAACCGCUCCACGAGGGGCCGAGAGAGGCUCAACAUCCUGACGAGGACUCUGCUGCUGCGACGCACCAAAGAUCAGCUCGACUCCCGGGGGAAGCCGCUGGUGUCUCUCCCUACCCGGACCUGUGAAGUGCAUCAGCUCAAACUCUCUGAGGACGAGCAGGCCGUGUACGAUGUGGUGUUCGCUCAGUCCAGGUCUACUCUGCAGAACUACCUGAAGAGACAUGAAGGAAAGGAUUUGAACAAGGGAAACACUUCCAGUAUCAAUCCGUUUGAUAAAGUCGCCCAGGAGUUCGGCGUGUCCCAGGCCGAUCCCGCUGGGUCCAGCUCUCGGCAGGCGUCCAGCACUGUCCACAUCCUCUCGCUGCUGCUGCGCCUCAGGCAGAGCUGCUGCCACCUCUCGCUUCUUAAAAAGACGUUGGACUCGUCUGAGCUGCAGGGGGAUGGGAUCGUGCUGUCGUUGGAGGAGCAGCUGAACGCUCUGUCGCUCUCCUCCUCCUCCUCCUCCUCCUCCUCUUCGCCGUCAGGCCUCGACCCCAAAGACACUGUGGCCCUGAAUGGCACCCGGUUCCCCUCACAGCUGUUUGAGAAGACCAGUAAAAGCACCAAGAUUUCUGCAAUCACGUCUGAGCUCAUGGCAAUAAGAGAGAAGAGUGACAAUCAGAAAAGUGUGAUCGUGUCACAGUGGACCAGCAUGCUCAGCAUCAUAGCGGUUCAUCUGCAGCAGAUGGGCUUGACUUACGGCGUCAUCGACGGCACCGUCAACCCCAAACGCCGCAUGGACGUGGUGGAGGAGUUUAACACAGACCCUAAAGGUCCCCAGGUUAUGCUGGUUUCUCUAUGUGCUGGUGGGGUUGGACUCAAUCUUGUUGGAGGGAAUCAUCUCUUCCUCGUUGACAUGCACUGGAACCCAGCCUUGGAGGAUCAGGCCUGUGACCGAAUCUAUAGAGUGGGACAACGUAAAGACGUCACCAUUCACAGGUUUGUGUGUGAAGGAACAGUUGAGGAGAAGAUUGCCACACUGCAGACAAAGAAGAAGGAGCUGGCCCAGAAUGUGCUUUCAGGAACAGGGAGCACCGUCUCUCAACUCUCCUUGGCUGAUCUCAAAAUCAUAUUUGGUGUUUAAAAAUAACAUCCUUGCAGGGCAUCUUUUACAAUGUUUGCAUAUUUGUAUGUGUAUUGAUACAAACCUGUGGAAAAUCUUGAACUAUCCUAAUGAGGAUGAGGUAUUAAAAUACUUAAAAUGAAAGACAAUA